AUGACCCACCACCACCGCGCGCGUCCGAGGCCGCCGCAUGACCGACGCCAGUUCUGGUUCGCUGAGGAGUACGACCCGAUCCAAGUGGGCAGCAUCGACGGGACCGAUCCCAUAGCGCAUGACAAAGGACUUGUGCGGGCUCUAAGCGCUCGCUACGAGGCGCACAACGAUAAACAGAUCCAGGGCGAUCCGUACGCGACGCUAUUUGUCGCUCGUCUGCACUAUGACACGGUAGACGAGACGCUCUGGGAGUUCUUUGGUGCAUACGGAUCCAUUCGCCGUCUGCGUCUUGUGCGGGACAAAACGACAGGCAAGUCCAAGGGCUAUGCCUUCGUCGAGUUUGAACGCGAGAGGGACUUUGAACGGGCGUACCGACACGCCCAUCGACGUGUGCUCGACGGCGCGACUAUCUUGGUCGAUUUUGAACGCUGUCGGGUCAUGAAGGCGUGGAAACCACGUCGUCUUGGCGGUGGCUUGGGAGGAAAAAAAGAGUCGGGCCAACUACGUUUUGGCGGGAGGGACCGACCGUUUAGACCGCCGAGAAUCAGUUCCCGCUGA